AUGGUUCUUCAUCACACCAGCGGCGGCUCACAUGGUCCUCUGCUACAAAGGAGGAGUCAGUGGAGCUGCAAGAGGAGCCGCAAGAGGAGCCACAAGAGGAGCCGCAAGAGGAGCCGCAAGAGGAGCCGCAAGAGGGGCCGCAAGAGGAGCCACAAGAGGGGCCGCAAGAGGAGCCGCAAGAGGGGCCGCAAGAGGGGCCGCAAGAGGGGUCCGGAAAGUCACUGCUUCUUGUCAGACUUCAUUGGCUUCAGCUGUAGAUCCACAGACGGGCCUGGUGUGCAUUCGGGGCCCCUGAGGUCAGCUGCAGGCUCGUACAGUGGGGCGGGGGACGGGGGGAGGGGGGAGGAGGAGAGGAGGAGGGGAGGUGGAAGGGGAGGGGGAGGAGGAGGAGGAGAGGGAGGGAGGGUUUAG